AUGCAUCGCAAUAUCUUUCUUUUGGCUGUCGGCCUGAUCGCCGGCUCGGCUUUCGCUAGUCCGUGCAAGCCCCAGGGCACAACUUCCGUCUUCACAACAUCUGAUGUGACUAGCACUGUUGAUUCGUCUGUAACAACGAUCCUGGUGGACACAACCACUGCUGCCACUUCGGAUGCAACAUCGGAGGUGCCCACCACUGCAGAAGUGUCUUCUACUGCUGAACUAUCCGUCACAACCAGCCUCGAGGCUUCAACGACCGCCACUAUUGCUUCGGAUACAACAACGUUGACUUCGGAUUCUGAGUCAUCAACGGUGACAUCCGUCGUGACGACCUCAGAGGCUGAGACAACUACAGCUGCCAUAAGCACCAGCACCGCCCCAGAAGCCAUCCCAACGUACUCACUCCUCGCCAACGGUGGAAAUCUCAACAAUCAACAGCCACAAUCAAACAUCGAACUGACAUCCCUCCUUGUUUUCGACCCGGCCUACCUUCAGACCGGCGGCAUUCGAACGUUCACCAUCGAACCCACCACCGGUCACCUCCAAGAUGCCAACGGAGCUGCCUACUUGUGCGCAUACUACGAAGGCUCUCGCGGCAUCUCCUCUCCGCCUCCAGUCGGGUACUGCGAUCCCAGUAACACUGGCCCCAACAAACCAUUUGCGUACUUGAAAUGCCAGGUCAGCAGUGGCGCUCUUUCAUGCAAUGCCCCCAGGACUACAUGUGAAGAUGGCGAUGACAAUAUGCCGGUUUGCACUACCCCAGCAGGUAAUAACGUGUAUAACAAGUUUUACACCGACACAAAUGGAAUUAGGCCUGGAGGGAAAAGUUCUUAUUGGUAUAUUGGAACUGACAGCCCUGAUCGUCUUACUCCUUUGUCGAUAACUGCUGCCGAGGUGCAAUAG